GCGGGGAACUUCGAUGAGCCGAUCGCAUCGCGCGUGCCCGCACAUUUUCACGUUACAGAUCAGCUUCGCUACACUCGACCUCUCCUGUUCCCGGUCACCAAGGCCUGGUCGAAUGUCUGCAUCUAGCCAUUCUACCUGCCAUUUGUGUUCCGAUCCACAGCAAUAGUGCCAGCAGCGGGCCGGACUCUGCGCAACAGCCUUGCGCCCAGCAAUCAAUGACGGAGAAAAGUACAGCGCCAGCGGGUACGGGCCCAGACCAGCAAUCCAGCAAUGGCAUCACGGAGAAAAUCAAGCCUGAUGUGAUGGACGAGGAGCGGACUGGGGGAGAGGCCAGCGCCAACGACAACGCGCAGCACACACCGGGCGUCAAGCCUGACAGUGCUGCUGCGGGGGCUCACCCAAGUCCCAAGAAACGUCGCAAAGUCAAUCACGCAUGCGUUUACUGUCGGCGAUCGCAUAUGACUUGCGACUCGGAGCGACCCUGCACGCGAUGUAUAAAACGCAACAUUGGCCACCUGUGCCAUGAUGAACCUAGAGAACCUUCGAAACGGUCGCGGAGUGAAAACGAUCAUUCGGCAGCGGAUGACGAGGGUUCGUCUAACAAUGAAUAUUCGACUGUCCAAGGGAUGCCUAGAAACGUCGACGUUCCAGAUGCUGCCGGUCAGCAAAUCCUCCCAGACGGGACCAUCGGCCUACCGACCGCCGCUGUGACUGCAGUGCAGCAGCAGCCUGGCAAUAUUGCUUCUUCCGGGCAGGGUCUCGGCACUCAUUCUCAGCAGCUUCUUGGGUACAACGAGUGGCUAGGCGGACAAAGUCAGUUUCAAGACAUGCAUACGUUUCACCCUUCCUAUAUGUUCAAUGCGCCCGAGGUCACCAACGAAUACAACCUUCUUGGUGACUUUCUGAGCAACAGUCUCUUGGAUGAUGGAGCAGUAUACCAGAAUGAUGACCUGCAGGGGAUAUACUCAGAUCCGACGUUGAUUAAUUCCAUGGCUACGUUGGGCGGUUCUAACCCAUCCCUGCUCCAGCAGUCUCAGCAGUCACAAUCUCAACCAACUCAACAGACCCAGGGUGAACCAGCCCAAGGUCCUGCCCCUGCAGUGGGAAACGACAAGGCAAGAGAGACGUAUUACAUGACUGCAGCAGACCCAUCUGGUUCUGACCCGCCCGAGGAGCGGAUGAACAAGCUUCUUAAAGCAAAAUAUGACGCUGGUCUACUUCGUCCGUUCAACUAUGUGAAAGGGUAUGCGAGACUAAAUCAGUAUAUGGAGAGAAACUUGCAACAGGCCUCACGGCAGAAGAUCCUUCGACAGUUAGAUAAAUUUCGGCCAAAGUUCCGGGAGAGAAUGCAAAGUCUGACCGAUAUUGAGCUUAUCCUUGUGGAGAUGUGGUUCGAACGGAGCCUGAUGGAAUAUGAUCGGGUUUUCGCGAGUAUGGCUAUUCCUGCUUGUUGCUGGAGACGAACUGGUGAAAUAUUUCGCGGCAACAAAGAGAUGGCAGAGUUGAUCGGUGUACCAAUUGAAAUUCUCAGAGACGGCAAGCUUGCAAUCCACGAAAUCAUCGUGGAAGAUCAGCUUGUGAGCUACUGGGAGAAAUUUGGAGCCAUUGCCUUCGAUAGCACCCAAAAGGCGAUGCUCACAAGCUGCACUCUGAAAAAUCCCAAUUCCAACUCAUCUGGGGAUGGGAUUCCCUGUUGCUUCUCGUUUACCAUUCGAAGAGAUACCCAUAACAUUCCAUCGCUUAUUAUUGGAAACUUUCUGCCGUCACAGCGAAAGGCCAAAUGAUGCCCAAUUGUUGCCUUCUUUCUUUUGUUCCUUAGCAAGUACUCGUACGCAUUUAACGGCUGAUAAGUUACUCUUGAUGGGUGGAUCUUUGCUUGCAACAUGCCUUUUCUUUUUUCCUAGUGCAUGUAAGCUUCUUUCAGUGGAGGAGCUUCGAGGUGUUAUCUUCAUACCCUUAAUGUCAACUAAUUAUACAGGCACUCAAAAUGUAUCAUAAAAUCUUCAAGGUGUGACUUCUAUUUUCAGGAUGGUAGAUGCGAGC